GUCGUGACACCUUUUCAUAAUUCAUACGGAUAAUUACGUCGUCGACACGUAAAUGCGAUCCAGAGGAGAGAGUGAGUACGGAGGAAAUGGCAAAAAUUUUGUCUCGGAAUGUCGGGUAGGAGAUGGGGCAGACAGCGUGGAAUGCUCGCGAGUUGUAAAAAUAGAAAAUUGUCUGGCGAUUUUUUUUUUAUGAAUAGAAUUAAAUAAUGCGGUCACUUUAGAUUUUCUGCGAGUGUUGAAUUUUUGUCGAACGCUCGAAAUUUGACAAAAGACUUUUUGUUGGAAAAAUAUUUCACGGGAGGGAGCGCCGUCUUCUUGGAUGGUACGGCACUUCGUAGCGUUCUAGUCUGUUUGUGUUUUGAGUGCAAAUUGUAGAUGGAUCAGUUUUACUCUGGAAUGCCGUUACUUACAACAAUAGUAAAUUAUCGGGACAGAUGCCUUAAGAUGUCCCGACUAUCUCACCAAUUCUACACCGUGGAGGUGGGAGAUACAAAAUUUACAAUUUUAAAGCGUUACCAAAAUCUGAAACCGAUCGGAUCUGGGGCUCAAGGAAUCGUAUGUGCUGCUGUCGACACUGUAACGCAACAGAACGUUGCGAUUAAGAAAUUAAGUCGACCUUUCCAAAAUGUUACGCAUGCCAAAAGAGCCUACAGAGAGUUUAAGCUUAUGAAAUUAGUUAAUCACAAAAAUAUAAUCGGGCUUCUCAACGCGUUUACACCCCAAAAAUCGUUAGAGGAAUUUCAAGACGUGUACUUAGUAAUGGAAUUAAUGGACGCCAAUCUUUGCCAGGUGAUACAGAUGGACUUGGAUCACGAGCGGAUGAGUUACUUGUUGUAUCAGAUGCUGUGUGGAAUUAAACAUUUGCAUUCGGCCGGUAUCAUCCAUAGGGAUCUCAAGCCAAGCAAUAUAGUAGUUAAAUCGGAUUGCACUCUCAAAAUAUUAGACUUCGGAUUGGCUCGGACAGCAGGAACGACGUUUAUGAUGACUCCUUACGUUGUUACGCGUUAUUAUAGAGCACCGGAGGUAAUUUUAGGCAUGGGAUAUACAGAAAAUGUGGACAUAUGGUCGGUGGGUUGCAUUAUGGGCGAAAUGAUUCGAGGAGGUGUUUUAUUCCCCGGCACGGAUCACAUCGACCAAUGGAAUAAAAUUAUCGAGCAGUUAGGUACUCCGUCGCAACAAUUUAUGCUAAGACUGCAACCGACUGUUCGGAAUUAUGUCGAGAAUCGUCCACGGUAUCCGGGUUUUUCAUUUGACAAGUUAUUUCCCGAUAUGCUCUUCCCAUCGGACAGUAACGAGCAUAAUCGCCUAAAAGCGAGUCAGGCCAGGGAUUUGCUCUCGAAGAUGCUAGUGAUCGAUCCGGAAAGGCGGAUAUCGGUCGACGACGCACUUCUGCAUCCGUACAUCAACGUGUGGUAUGACGAAGGAGAAGUAAACGCAGUGAGUCCCGCUCCUGGACCGUACGAUCACAGCGUCGACGAAAGGGAACACACCGUCGAACAGUGGAAGGAAUUGAUUUAUCAGGAAGUUAUGGAGUACGAAAAUUCACAUGGGAAUAACGCGCGCGCUUCUUCUAGCUCUCAACCAAGUCCCGCUUCUAAUUCCACUGAGCCAAAUGGCACCGACUCGUUACGGUAGAGCAGGAUCUGAACCUUUAAGAAGAGACUGCUAUUACAACUAGUCUAAAAAGAAUUGUUAAAAAAAAUUGCAGCCAUCUUUAGUUCUCUAACCUUUAGUCUAUAGAGUCGUGAUAGUGUUAAUAGUGAUAAAUCACACUUAUUGACUGUUCGGACAACCAAUUUUUCGACGAAGAAUUUUCCGCGCGAGAGCCCGCAAAAAUCAGUUUGUGUGAUAUUGACCAUUUUACUGGCCUGUAUUUUGGAUUUUCAAGUUUACAGUUUGUAAGAGAACGGAAGAAAAAAUGAAAAUUUUUUUGAUACGCAUUUUUUUCGGAGAAUGAAUCGCGUGCGCCGGUGUAGAUUUAAAAAUUGAAAUGCAGAUUGGUAUUUAAUGUGUAAUACAAAAAUGUAACGAUAAGUAAUGUUAAUAUUGUAGUUUUCGUAUUUAUAUUUUGUUUUUUUAUUAUAUAUUGUUUUGUUGCAACUCGUUGAGUAUUUUAAAGAGGAGUUUUUUUAUACGCUCUUUCAUUUUAAACAAUUAAGCAAUACUAAAUAGGUUUCGUUUUAAAAACAUUUUAUAGUACAAUAUUGAAAAUGAAUUAAUCCAAUUAUGGUUGAAUUAUAGUCCAGAAAACGAAACUAAAAAUGGUAUAAAACCUGGCAAUUUUUGCAAAAUGCAUCGAUUUGCAUGAAAACAUGUUCAACUACAAGUUUUUCUCGCAUAGUUUUGCCAUUAUUUGACACUCUCUAAUUUAGCGUUUUACGAACAGGAGCUAACCUUUAACAAGCCACAGCUCGAUUCGCAUUGGUCAUACAGCAAUUAUUAAAAAACCAUUUUCGUUGUUUUUUUAAAAGCUACCAUUUUGUUCUCACACUUUUAGCUUAGAAUUAAUUCCUGUGUUAAAAUUACAAUAAAAAAAACCCUAGGGUGAUAGCACCCUUUGGCAUGAUAUAGAUUUUGAUCUUUAGGCUAUUCCCUACCUACUGUCAAAAUUUCAAGUUAAUCGAUAUAUUUUGAAAAAGUGCCAAGGCAAACCCUUCAUUUCCUGGACUAUUAAUUUAGUUUGUCAAACUGAAAAUAAUUUUUUUAAAUUUUCAAUUUGGAGAAUGCGCAACAUAUCUACGUAUUCCUCCCGUUUGCUACAUUCGUUUGAUUUGUUUUAAUGUAGCGCUAUACAAGUAAAAUACAUAACAUAGCAUAGAAAUAAACCUACGAUAAUAAAAUAACACUAGUUAAGUACAUGAUACUGAAUUAAAAUUGUAUAAAAUUUGAUUUUCUCUAAAUACAGACGGCGGUUUCUUUUUGUACAAAAUAAAUACGAAAUGAAAAGAAAUUAUAUACAAUUUUAAAUAAACCAAUUCAGUUAUGAUAAGUUUUAUGUAAAUUUCGAUCCGAUCCAAAAACUGUAAAAACAUUUAAAAUGCAUGUACAGUUUCAGUUGUAUUUACUUUUUUCACGAUAAUCAUCAUCACAUUGAAUGAAAUAUAUUUUUAAGUGAAGUUGUUAUGUCCAAUAGUUGAAUUGUUUACCGAUGUGGUAACCAAUAUUGUUGAUACCGCUUAUGUUUAGUUAAAGAUUAAUAGAAAAUAACGAGGAUACAAUCAAUUUUUAUGGUAUUCGACAUAUGUGCCCAAAUAUUUCUUGUGCAAAGUUCGUAGGCUGUCGAAAGAUUUUUAGUUUACAUCGUUUGUUUUAUAUUUAGUAUUUAAAAUACUGAAGCUUGUGAUCGUAUUUUAUAAUUUUUAAUUUUACUAUCGUUUUUUUAAGUCUAGUGUGAAUGUCUGUGUAUAUCGACGAUUAUAAAUGAAAUAAAUAAAAAUAUGUAGUAAGUUGUGUAGAAUUUUAAAUUAUUUAUUUUCUGUUAAAGGUUUAUGUAUAUUUUGCGUUUUUUUUUCUCGAGAAAUAAAUCGUUAUUUUUCAAUUAACUCUUGACACUUGUAAAUAUAACAGUUCUUUGUAGUGACUGACUCAUAAAAGUGUUAACUAUCCUGAAUCUCAAGUUCUUUCCACUUAAUAUAGUCUAGAGAUAAUGUCUUGUCGGUCGAUUCAAUACAACCAAAUUGCAAUCUAUUUAUUGAUAAUCACCAUUUUGUAGUGCAGACGUAUUUUAUCGACCGACAAGUGCCACAUUUAGUAAUUCGUAGCAAACAUCGCUUGUACUGUUCUUGCUUUGUAAAUAAACAGGUAAACAGUCUUU